AUGAUAAACUUCAGCGGAAACGGAAGGACCGGGCUGAGCGAAAUGAAUGUCCUGCAAAACGAAAUGCAGGAGAUAAACGUAAAGGAAAGUGGCCCGAAUAACGAUUACGACGAUAACACAUACAAUGACGCGAGUACGUGCCACGACAGUAACAUGGUGAGCAACGAGAAUGGAUGCUUCAAGGGAGAAUUUACACCAAUUAGAAACGAACAGAUCAAUUCAUUUAGCGAGGCAACAGGUAUAACCGAGGAAGAAACAGAGGAAAAGCCAAGCGGGUACGAUGACGAGCAAGUUAAAGAAGUGCUCAAUUGUGCUUAUUGCAACAAGCAUGUACACGCAGUGGUCAAGACAUACACCCCCACCUUUGUCUACAUACUCAUAAUAAUCUUGUUUCUACUAUUAUCUUUCUUCACGAUAUUUUUGCUACCUCUGUUGUACUUAACGUUUAAGCAAAAAAAAUACACCUGCCCCUAUUGCGAAAAGAAUUUAAAAAAGUCGAGUGAAAAAUUAAUUCAAGUGAAAAGGGAAAAUCAAAUUUUAACAUUCCAGUUCCCGAAAUGUGCAAUAAUAAUAUCGGCAAAAUAUUUGGCUCUAUUUCUCUCUCUAAUUUUUUUAAUUUUUUUUUUUUACAUCAUAAGAAUUUCAAGCAAUUUCAAUUUAGACAAUCUAUCUAAGGGUCCUUACAUAACGGCUAGCUGGGUCGACUACCUCGAAGAUUGCGGACACAAAUCCCAACUGAGAAAUAAAUUCAAUAGUAUUCACAACUUCAAGAACAAAUAUGAUGGCUACACAAUUAUAUGGACGGGACACUUUUAUCAAAUAAAGGAAGGUUUCUUUAAUAGCAAUUCUCUCUUCAUUCGAAUGAACCCUUCGGAGUAUCGUUACGACAAGCCUGACAUCAGGGCCCUUUUCACCGACUCCCUAAUAUCACAGGUUGAAAAUUUACAAAAAAAUGAUUUGAUUCAAUUUGAAUGCACUCUUAUCCAGAUUAGUAAAAAUAGGAACCCUCAUCUCUGCAUCUUGUGGAAUGUUACUCUGAUGGAGAAAUACGAACCGACCAACUUCAAUGUGGUGGACUUUGUAAAACAUAUGUCCAUUAUGGAUAUGAUUAACAGUAGCUCUAAUGCGAAUCCAUUUUUCAUGAACCUCACAAGUAACAAUGGCGAGGUGAAGAGGUCGAUCAAGAUUGUGCACCUCGCGCCGGGCGAAUUGGACGCAGGGCUGAACGGAGGGCUGAACGGAGGGCUAAGCGAUUCCUUCCCAAGCGAUCACCUCGGGGACGAUCUCUCCGAGGUGGACUUGUUCAAUACAUCCAACAUGCUCCAUACGAAUGAUGAGUAUGUAUUCAAUUUGAGGGAACACCAGAUGAACCAUCUGACCCCGGGCUUGGAGAGCGGUUCCAAUUUUUCCUUUACCCAUGAUGUGAGUUCAGGUGGAAAAUUUAGUCUUCGUGAUUUUGUGGAUCGCAUGGGAAGUAGGAAAUCGGGGGUAGACUUCCCAGAUGAUGAUGAAUCAGAUGAAGAAGUGGAGGAGGAAGUGGAAGAGGAAGAUUAUGAAGACGAGGCUGAUGGUGAUAAUGAUUACAACAUAGACGACAUGCAAGCUCUGAAUAAUGCUUAUGGUAACCACGCGGGUGGAAAUUCCAGUCCGUUUAAUGAUGUACAAUUCCGUGCGGAUGGGAAAGAAAAGGGAGCAUCGACCUCAUCUUUCCACAAGUUUAAGUAUGGAGACGACGGGGAAGGGUUCUCCAACGAGGAGCGCGCAACCGAGUAUGAACAGGAGGUGCACGAGGAGGGGGCGUCCAAGGGAGGAACAACUAACGGUGAAGUUCCUAACGAUAAAGAGGGGAAUGAUGGAUUGACUAACAGUGAAGCUCGUAAGAAUGAAACAACCAACAAAGGGGACGAUGAGAAAAUCACGGAGAAAGAUCCCAAUGUGUAUACCUCCAGGGAUCACCCUCCUCGCGAAUGA